AUGGCUGAGGGAGGUCCCCGUCUUACCGCCGCCUUCCCCCCUCCUCCGCCCUUCUGGAAGCACUUCACUCCAGAGAAUCUCGAGAAGCUCGAGCAGAUCAAGAAAGAGAGCACAAAGUCAAAGGAAGAGUACCGCAAGAAGAAAUGGACUCCCGCCGAAUUGCAGGCCUUGAAGGUCCCUCCUGAACUUCGCUUUCUCAUCCCUCCCGAAGCGCCCAAGUCGGGCACGUACAGCGUGUUUGGGGAGCCACAAAGCAUCUCGACUACUCUUCCUUCCUUGAAGGAACAAGGCAUCGAACAACUCUACCCUUCUCCCCCCGCGACCGACGCCGGAAAAGAAGAACCAUCCGCGCCGCCGUUGAAUCACGCCUACUACCUCUUGAAGAUCAGCAAGUCCCUCCUGCUCAAUUUCCUCGAAUUUGUGGGGAUCCUGUCGGUGGCUCCGGAGCAAUUCGAACCCAAGCUGGAGGACUUGCGCAACCUUUUUAUCAAUGCACACCACCUGCUGAAUCUCUACCGGCCGCAUCAGGCGCGCGAGUCCCUGAUUCUGAUGAUGGAAGAGCAGCUGGAUCGCACGAGGGAGGAGAUCCGAGAGAUGGACCGCCUGAAAGACCGUAUCGAGCAGCUUCUGGAGCAGCUGAAAAUUGAUGGCGCCGACGCGUUUGCUGCGUCGCAGGUGGCUACGGAGGAGAAACCGAAGCCGGUGGAGUUAGAUGAUAAGACAGUCGAGGAAGCUCGCCAGCUCUGGGCUCUCGUGAAUGAGGAUGAGGAUCGACCGCGGUGA